AAAAAAAAAAACCUCUCUUGUCGCAUGCUGUCACAAACCACCACCGUACAACGUACAACCGCCCCGUGGUCUUGUAGAGCGAAUUGGAUAGUUAGAUAGCCCAGGCAUUCGCUUCAUCCAGCAACUUCCUGAAGUUCAAUCGGCCCAUACCAGCAUUUAUCUGGUUAAGAAACAAUCCGCGACCCUAUCGUGACACCAUCCUUAAGAUGGGCAGCAAGCGGAAGCGUGGCGCCAGCAAGACCGGCGCGAACGGCGGCGAGCCGGCGCCGAAGCAUGCGAAGACGAGCCACACGACGUCAACCGAAGUCCUUCCAACGCCCGAUCUCGACCUCGAAAAAACUCCUUUCACAGAGACCCUCGCUAGCGAGAGCCGAAAGCGGGAAGCCAAGAUAUACCAGCUGCUCGGAAGUGCUGAUAGCGAUGAGCGAAUUGCCGCAGCCGAUGCCCUUGUCACCGGCCUGCUGGUUUCGCCCGAAGCCGCCCUUGUGAGGCAUCUCGACAGUCGUCUAUUCCGCGGCCUAGCGAGCUCGCGGAAUGCGUCUCGCCUGGGCUUCAGCCUAGUGCUGACCGAGAUCCUGGCCCAACUAUUCGGGGAAAAGAAUCUUUCUGGCUCCAAGUACCCUGGCAUAACGUUCGACAAGGCCCUCAACAUCCUUGUGGAGAGGACGACCGCCGAUAACCACGUGCCGGGACAGGAAGAGAGGGAUUGCUACUUUGGCCGGCUAUUCGGGUUGCAAUGCUUUGUAGAAUCCAGGAUCCUUUUUACUGAGGAAUCGCGAUGGCCGCAAGUCCUGGACUUGCUGUUGAAAAUGGCCGAGAAGAAGGCUUGGAUGCGAUCCCACUGUGGAUGGAUCAUCGUCGAGUCGCUUCCCCAGAUGGGCCAAGGUAGAGCAGAGGAAACACUCAGAAAGCUGUCUAGUGUCGGACUCGGAAAGACGGCGGAGGGUGUCGGAAUCUGGACCAGGGCCUUGAGUUGUUACCCGAACCUGAAGACACCCGAAAAACCGUGGCGCGAUCCUCUAAGCCCUAGCGUCAUACCCGAAGUCGCCCGGGUACUAAAGGAAAACGUGGCACGGGAUAGUGGAGAGGAUGCCCCCAUCAUUAAAGCAAGGCAGGGCGGCUGGAAUCCCCAACUGCACUUCGUCUGGGACCUCAUACUGGCGGUGUUUGGCAACGGAAGCGGGAAGGAGACCAAGGACAAGCUGAGACUUUUCUGGAAUACUGCCAUCGACGAUGGCCUCUUCUCCAAGACCGCUUCCGACGCGCAAAAGUUUCGCGGUUUCUUGAUACUCCAAAAGUUCCUGCAAGGAUUCGCAGCAGACAAGACGAGACUGGUCAAGGAGCUCUUUUCUCGAAAUUUGAUGAAGUGUCUCAUAAACCAAGCGGCUAAGGAAGAUCGGUACCUCCAUCGUGCCGCGCUGAAGAGCCUUCAGUCGAUAGAGAAGACUGUACAAGCCGCCCCGCAGUUAUUAAUGCCGAUUCUAGAGGAGCUACUCGGGAAGCAUGGGGCAUACGACUUCGAUCAACGGACGAGUACCAAAACCGUCGAGAACUUGCUGCAAUGGGUUACUCCUACUGAUGCAAAGAGCGUUCUCAAAUUUCUCCGGAGUUUCGUCCUCACUGCGAAUGGUAGCGAUGCCGCCGAGAUUGAAAAGUUGAGAUCGGUCUAUGCCGGGUAUGUGUCUAAAAUGGCCGUACAGGCGAAGCCGGCAACGGAACCAUCCGACAAGGGCGAGAUUUCGAACGUCGCGGAGCUGGGUGUUAAAGAAUUAGCCGCCUGCGCGUAUUCGGAACAGCCGCAGUUCAAACCGAGUCUCUCGGAGAAAUCGCGAGAGGUAUUUCGUAGGCUGCUAGCUUCUACAAUUGGAAAGGUUAUGGGGCGAGGAGGCGACGCCGAGUAUCUAUGUCACGCGGUAGUGUCGGUUGAGCCCACGGCAGUAAACAUGAGCGAGGAGAUUAAGACGGAGCGAGAUAACGCGUUAAAAUCCAUACGGAAAUCGCUUAGGGCGAGCAAAAAGACAAGCGGCAAGGAUGAUGGAGUGUCACUUGGCCUCGCCCUGCUUUAUGCCAUCACCGUGUUGCAAUUGUAUGACGGAACACCCGAUGCUGUCAACAUUCUGCAAGAUCUGCAACGCUGCACCGAGAAGAUGGGUAGCAAGGAGGGUGGUACCUCAGAGCUUCUGGUCGAGAUACUACUAGCACUGGUGUCUCGGCCGUCGUCUAUGAUGCGACAGAUCAGCGAGCAAGUCUUCGAGGCAUUUACUUCACAAGUGUCUUCCGAAGCUCUCGAGCUCCUGACGGAGCCGUUAUUCGCCGAUGAAAACGAGAAAGGAUACCAGGCUCUCUUUGAAAAUCUCGAGGAUGAGAAUGCAGAAAUGGUCGGCGAUGAAGAUUCGGAUGCCGACGAGGACGACGGUGCAAACUCGGUUGAAAUAUCGGAAGUCGGUUCUGAUGUUGAAUUCGUUUCAUUGAAUGGCGAGGAAGCGAACCCCGAUAGCGGGGGCGAGAGCGAGGAUGAAGAUGAGGAUGAGGAUGAAGCUCAAGCAGAGGGAGACGCUCAGGAGCUUGCAGACUUCGAUGCAGCCCUUGCCAAGGUCCUAAGGAGUCAUCGGCUGAAUCAGGACAACGAUGCCGAAUCGUCAUCUGGCGAUUCCGAUAUGACCGACUCGGAAAUGAUGGCUUUGAAUGACAAGCUGGUCGAGGUGUUCAAGCAGAAGUUCAAGAAGACCGGCAGCAAGAAGGAUAGGAAGGACGCCAAGGACUCCGUCAUCAUGUUCAAGCACCGCGUCGUCGACCUCCUCGCGCUGUAUAUCAAGCACGAGGCGACCAACCCCCUGGCGUUUGGCCUGCUUCCGCCACUGCUCGAGGUGGUGCGCACGACGACGGCCAAGCCGCUCGCGAACAAGGCCGCCCUGACCAUCGAGAAUUUCUCCAAGACGUUCAAGAAGAAGGCGCAACGGGCAACGGCCCAGGGCAACGGCGGCGACGGCGAAAACGAGGGCGAGAUGGAGAACCGCACUAGCAUCGACGCCGAAGCGCGGCUAGCGCUCAUGCGGGAGAUACACCGCCAGGCCGCGCGGGACAUGUCGCACGCGUUCGGGCGGGCGGCAUCAGCGGCCAGCCUGCUCGUCGCGUCAAGCCUGCUCGCCGACGGCAGGGGGGACGACAAGAUAGACGGCGUCAACGCGGUGUACGCGCAGACCUUCGCGGACUGCCAGAAGGGGAAGACGAAGCUCCAGGGCUUCUUCUUCUCCGACUGGAUCAACUGGGGCAUGGGGCACGCGGCGAACGCGAAGUCCCUGCCCCAACCGCAGCAGGCAGGAGACCAGGCAUAGGGACGGAGAGAUGUUUUGUUUGAUCAUGUACAUCUUCCCUAGUGUAUGAUUCCCUGUGACAUCAACGAGGAGGCGCGGUGUGUAAGCACAGGACUUACCUCCCGCG